GGUGAGCAAGUUUGUUGUUUAUAUUUUACUCCAAGUCAAAUUUGACAACCGGUGGAAGCGUGGAAGGUACGUGAAGGAUGAAUUGGUCAUUUUACCCAACGACGCAGGGCAUUCGGCAAAGUGCUUGCUUUAAAACACAAAGAAAAAUAAACAAACAAACAGUGUGACGCGUCGACGUAAAAACUACAAGAACUUUCACGUGUCCGUCAAGCCAAAGCUGCUUCCUAUUAUGUUGCGUAUUUCUGAGAUUGAUUUUGAUUUUAUUAUGCUUUUAGUUGGGUAGAAUUUGCAAAUGCUAUAAGCCUAUACCGAUGGAUAUAUUCAAUAAAAUCAUAAGGCUGUAAGGCUUACACGCGUCAAUCAACAGCAACUUUUAAACCCGUUGCUAAUUACAUGUCCAUCCCCAUUUCCGAACUUAUUUCAGUUUAAGCCCACCAGCACCAAGUUUGAUCAAUAUUUUUGCUGACCCAAAAAAAAAAAAAAAUUCAAAUCAACCGCGAGUAAGGGAGGAAAAAGAAAAACCCAAAUCGUUUUAAUCUGAGUUUGAAUAAUUUUAAUUUUGUUGUGGCGCUUUUGCUUUUUGUUUAUGGUAAUUGUCUGAAAGUAGAGAGAUGGUAGCUGAAGCUGACGUUGUUUGUCACCAGAGCGUGCCGGUGUCGGACGUUCCCUUUUUUGUUAAAGGAAGUAAUAUUGAAGAGAUCGAUGAAACUCUUGCGAUUCGAUCGCCGAAGUUCGGACAAGUUCGUGUUGCUGAGUCCGAUUUGUCCUUCUCUCAACAGGAUGCGAAAUCUGUAGAAAAUGUCCCGGAUCCAUGUGCUGAAUCCACCAUUCUGCAAUUUUCACCGUGCAUCCGUUCAAGUAGUUUUGCCGACAUCGGACCGAGAAGAUACAUGGAAGAUGAACAUAUUAGAAUAGAUAAUUUAUCAUCACAUUUGGGAUCCAUUUUCAAAUUUCCAAAGCCUAAUGCGUUUUAUGGGGUGUUUGAUGGUCAUGGCGGUCCUGAGGCAGCUGCGUAUGUUAGGAAACAUGCACUUCGAUUCUUUUUCGAAGAUGUCAAAUUUCCCCAGACAUGUGAGGUUGAUGAUGUUUUCUUGGAAGGGGUUGAGAACUCGCUCCGGAAAUCAUUUCUUCUUGCAGACCUUGCUCUUGCAGGUGAUUGUACGGUGAAUAGCUCUUCUGGGACAACAACACUUACUGCUCUGAUAUUUGGAAGGCUUCUAAUGGUGGCCAAUGCUGGUGAUUGCCGAGCAGUUCUCUGCCGAAAAGGGGACGCAAUAGAUAUGUCUGAAGACCACAGACCUAUAUAUCCUUCAGAACGGAGGAGAGUAGAAGAGCUGGGAGGGUUUAUUGAUGACGGGUAUCUUAACGGUGUUCUGUCAGUUUCUCGAGCCUUGGGGGAUUGGGACAUGAAAUCCCCAAAGGGUUUGCCAUCACCUCUCAUUGCAGAGCCUGAGUUCCGACGGAUGGUUCUUACAGAGGAUGAUGAGUUCCUCAUCAUCGGGUGUGAUGGGAUUUGGGAUGUUAUGUCAAGUGAGCAUGCAGUAAGCCUAGUUCGCAGAGGGUUGCGACGGCAUGACGAUCCUGAGCAAUGUGCUAAAGACCUUGUCAUGGAAGCCUUACGUCGCAACACAUUUGACAAUCUCACGGUGAUUGUUAUAUGCUUCUCCGCACCUGACAGCCGGGAGCAACCAUCACCUCGGCAAAGAAGAUUGAAGUGUUGUAGUUUAUCAGCAGAAGCCCUAUGUAGUUUGAGGAGUUUGUUGGAUGGAAAUGCCAAUUGGUGAAUUUAAAUACUCAAAAAAACUAAUACUCAAAAAAACUAAAUCCAACAAGCUUUUAGUAUUACAAGAAUCAAAACAUGGUAACGUUUUACAUCAUGUAAAUGAGGUCUUCCGGUGAAUGUAAAUACAAUUUUUAGAUGAUACUAUUUGUUAGUAGGGGUACAUUCGUACUGUUUCUGGCUGCUUCAGUUAGAGUCUAUAAAAGCAGCUACCAGUUUUGCAGGGCUUUAAGGGGAAUGUACAUACAGAUGGUCCUAUAUAUAUAUUGUUGGUUAGUUAUACUGUCAAUAGAGAUAUUUAUCAAUUAGGGUUUUGCAGAAUAUGAACAUUGAAGAUCUUAUCAAUGAAAAUUUGAUGCAUUUAUUUCCAA